GCUGUGGGGAAGCAGCAUGAAACACACGUGAAGCUUCAAGCUUGUUUGUCAACAAAAAAUAUAUUUUUUUUUAACUUUUGGGAAAAUGCGAAUUUGCAAAAUUUAUCUACCUUCGGAGUAUCACAAAGUGAAUGAAGAAAUCCCCCUUUGGGGAUAUUACGAAGAAACCAAAGAAUUCAGCACAUUCUUCGUCGUUACAAACAAUAACGGCGGUGACGAUGAAACCAAAGAAAUUGGAAGGAUCUCACCGAUUUCGGGCAUUUCCGGUGGAAAAAAUAAGAGGAAAGCAUCUGAAUCUUCCGGCAAACCAUUCCUAGACUUUCUCUACAGUCCUUCUGAAGAGAAGAAUAUUCUAAUUAGAAGUGUAAAGUUGCCAGACAAUCCGGAGGGGGAUUUGCAAGUGGAGCUGAUCCUCUAUCAUAGCCGGAAUUUUAAUUAUUUAUCCAAGAAUGAGAUUGUCCAAGCAGGAUCACAGAAUGAUGUGAUCAAACUAGCGCACUACCUAAAAAUCAGCAGGAGUUGUGCGUCAAAAUUUCCUGAUUUGCAUUUUUUGGGGCUCAUCCUUAAGCUCCUUCUUGUUCUGGGGAAGCUGCUGAAGAUCGUCUUCCCGAAAACAGCAGUUCCUUGUCAUGCUGAAGAGUGGUACGAGAAUAUGAAGAAGAAUUCACACAGAACUGGUCGUUGGUGGACGAUAGCCUUUGAUGUAGCAGCUGGAUUAGCAAUUCUUAUUUGGCUACACCACUUGGGAAAUCCCGAGGAAUACCUUCUUGAAUUUGCCUAUAAUGUCGUUUACUACCUGCGUGGCCUUCUAACGAGUCUGCGGGGAAGUCCGGCCGGUCUCAAGCUCAAUGUGCAACUAAAUCAUUUCCUUCUCAAAUGCUUCAUCUAUCACGUGGAUCUCUGGGCUACGUUUUUGGAUAUUGUAGCACCUGCACUUCACUAUUUAUUCUUGCCAUUGUCAAUUCUGGGCCUUUUUGGCUUAUCAUUCCAAUUGGCACUCCUAUCGGAUUUACUUGUACUCAUUACCCUCCAUGCUCACUGCUUCUACAUCUAUGCGGCUGUGCUCUAUCGAUUGGAGAUUUUCGGCAUUGGUGCCCUGUGGAGAGUUGUCCUGGGCAGAAGGAAAAAUAUCCUUAAAAAUCGCGUUGAAUCGUUUGAGUACAAGAAUUCCCAACUCUACCUAGCAACACUCUUCUUCGCUAGUUUACUCUUCCUCCUACCCACUGUAUUGGUGUACUAUGUGGUUUUUGCAACGUUGCGAUUCGGCACGUACUGCAUCACAUACAUUCUUCUCAUUAUACGAAGACGAAUUCUCCAUUUGCCUGUUGAUACAAUCAUGCGAUGGCUCUUUGGUGUCUACAUUUCACCAGAUAAUGUGGAUGUGAAACUAUUGGCAGUUGAAUGUGGACAUGUGAGUGAUUUUGCGGGAAGUUUAACGACAAUUUUCAUCAAGCCACUGCCCUCCUGGCCACAACAAAGUCCCAUGAUUGAUACGCAGAGUGACGAAAAUGUGUACGGUAUCAGUCAAUUCUUCAUUCGGCUCAUCAAAGGGCAACUGAUGGGAUCAAUUCAGCCCAAGUUCUCCGCACCGCAGUGAGUUUGUACGUAUUGUAAAAAAAACAUCAAUGUAUAUGCCUCUCACCUCAACACUUCUUAUAAGCCAUAGACGACAAUGUGGCACGCGACAGGGUGAGAGAGAAAAAAAAUGAUUGAAGGAAUUACAAAUAAAAGCUCUUUCGAUA